GCCAGCAACAGGCCAUGUCUGAGCCCCCACCAGGAGCCCCCUGAACCUGGCUCUCCCAGCAGCCACAGCCACCUGCUUCACCCCAGGGGACCCAACCUAGGGCCACAGGGACCCAGAAUUGCAGCCACUAUGGGUAGCAAGGAACGAUUUCACUGGCAAAGUCACAAUGUGAAACAGAGUGGUGUGGAUGACAUGGUGCUGCUCCCCCAGAUCAAUGAGGAUGCCAUUGUGAGCAACCUCAAGAAGCGUUUCCUGGAUGACUACAUCUUUACCUACAUUGGCUCCGUCCUCAUCUCCGUCAACCCCUUCAAGCAGAUGCCAUAUUUCACGGAUCGAGAAAUUGAACUGUACCAAGGAGCGGCACAGUAUGAGAACCCGCCACACAUCUAUGCCCUCACGGACAAUAUGUAUCGAAACAUGCUCAUCGACAGUGAAAACCAGUGUGUCAUUAUCAGCGGAGAAAGUGGGGCAGGGAAGACAGUGGCUGCCAAAUACAUCAUGGGCUACAUUUCCAAGGUGUCCGGAGGGGGAGAGAAGGUCCAGCAUGUAAAGGACAUCAUCCUUCAGUCCAACCCAUUGCUUGAAGCCUUUGGCAAUGCCAAGACCGUUCGCAACAACAACUCCAGCCGUUUUGGCAAGUACUUUGAGAUCCAGUUCAGUCGAGGAGGGGAGCCCGACGGUGGCAAGAUCUCCAACUUCCUCCUGGAGAAAUCUAGGGUGGUCUCACAGAACGAGAAUGAGAGGAACUUCCACAUCUACUACCAGCUGCUAGAAGGUGCCUCCCAGGAGCAGCGGCAGAACCUGGGCAUCAUGACCCCUGAUUACUAUUAUUACCUCAACCAAUCAGAUACCUAUAAGGUGGAUGGCACCAAUGACCUCAACGACUUCCAUGAGACUCUGGAUGCUAUGCAGGUCAUCGGAAUCCCACCCAACAUCCAGCAGCUGGUCCUCCAGAUUGUGGCUGGAAUCCUUCACCUGGGGAACAUUGGCUUCUGUGAGGAGGGGAACUAUGCCAGAGUGGAGAGUACAGACUUGCUGGCCUUCCCCGCCUACCUGCUGGGCAUUGACAGUGGGCGCCUCCGGGACAAACUAACCAGCCGUAAGAUGGACAGCCGAUGGGGCGGCCGCUCGGAGUCCAUUACUGUGACACUGAGCGUGGAGCAGGCCGCCUACACUAGAGAUGCUCUGGCCAAGGGGCUCUAUGCCCGGCUCUUUGAUUUCCUGGUGGAGGCCAUAAACCGAGCCAUGCAGAAGCCACAAGAAGAAUACAGCAUUGGAGUCCUGGAUAUCUAUGGCUUUGAGAUCUUCCAGAGAAAUGGCUUUGAGCAAUUCUGCAUCAACUUCGUGAAUGAGAAACUACAGCAGAUUUUCAUCGAGCUAACGCUGAAGGCUGAACAGGAGGAAUAUGUUCAGGAAGGCAUCAAGUGGAGCCCCAUCCAGUACUUCAACAACAAGGUUGUAUGUGACCUCAUCGAGAACAAACUGAAUCCUCCGGGAAUCAUGAGUGUACUGGACGACGUGUGUGCUACCAUGCAUGCCACAGGCGAUGGAGCUGACCAGACUCUGCUGCAGAAGCUACAGGGAGCCGUGGGAUGUCAUGAGCACUUUAACAGCUGGAACUCAGGCUUUAUCAUCCACCACUAUGCAGGCAAGGUCUCCUAUGAUGUCAGUGGUUUCUGUGAACGAAAUCGAGAUGUGCUCUUCUCAGACCUCAUCGAGCUUAUGCAAAGCAGUGAACAUGCCUUCAUUAAAAUGCUCUUCCCUGAGAGGUUGGACUCGGAGAAGAAGGGCCGGCCCAGCACCGCGGGCUCCAAAAUCAAGAGGCAGGCCAAUGACCUGGUGGACACUUUGAAGAAGUGUACACCCCACUACAUCCGAUGCAUUAAGCCCAAUGAGACCAAGAAACCCCAUGACUGGGAGGAAAGCAGGGUGAAGCAUCAGGUGGAGUAUCUGGGUCUGAAAGAAAAUAUCCGUGUCCGACGUGCCGGCUUUGCAUACCGCCGUGUUUUCUCAAAGUUCCUGCAGAGGUAUGCCAUCCUGACUCCGGAGACCUGGCCACGGUGGCACGGUGAUGAACGUCAGGGGGUGCAGCACCUGCUCCGAUCUGUCAAUAUGGACCCCGACCAGUACCAAAUGGGCCGCUCCAAGGUCUUCAUCAAGAACCCAGAGUCGCUCUUUCUGCUGGAAGAAAUGCGAGAACGCAAGUUCGAUGGCUUUGCCCGUACUAUCCAGAAAGCCUGGAGGCGCCACGUGGCUGUCAGAAGAUAUGAGCAGAUGCGGGAGGAAGCCUCCAACAUCCUGUUAAACAAGAAGGAAAGGAGAAGGAACAGCAUCAACAGAAACUUUGUGGGCGACUACCUGGGGCUGGAGUCAAGGCCUGAGCUUCGCCAGUUCCUGACCAAGCGGGAGCGUGUAGACUUUGCAGACUCCAUCACCAAGUAUGACCGGCGCUUCAAGCCCAUCAAGCGGGACCUAAUUCUGACCCCCAAGUAUGUGUAUGUGAUCGGGCGGGAGAAGGUAAAGAAGGGUCCAGAGAAGGGACAGAUUCAAGAGGUUCUGAAGAAGAAAAUAGAAAUCCAGGCCAUUCAGGGGGUCUCCCUCAGCACCAGGCAGGAUGACUUCUUUAUCCUCCAUGAAACCGGGGCAGACAGCUUCCUGGAAAGUGUGUUUAAAACCGAGUUCAUCAGUCUCCUGUGCAAGCGUUUCCAAGAGCUCACACACAAUGCUUUGAACCUGACCUUCAAUGACACACUACAGUUUCGGGUGAAGAAGGAAGGCUGGGGUGGAGGAGGAACUCGGGCCAUCACCUUCUCCCGAGGUCCAGGAGAGGUGGCCACCCUCAAAGCCAGUGGCAAGACCCUGAUGAUCAGCAUCAGUGAUGGCCUUCCUAAGAACUCCAAGCCAACAAAAAAAGGACCCCUACAGGGCCAGAGGAGAAGACCAGCACCAUCCCGAGCAGCCCCAGGUCCCCCCAGAGGGACAACUCGAAAUGGGGCACCCCACAUGGCCCGAGGUGGCCCCUUGCCCCAGGAGCAGAUGUUGAUGGGGAGUGGUCCAAGGUCACAGCGGGCCCCUCCAGCCACAGCACCUGGGGGUAGCCGACGGCACCCCAAACGACCACCCUCUGAACACAACAUGGAGUUCCUCAAUGUGCCUGAUGAGGGGAUGGCUGGGAUGCAGAGAAAAAGAAGCAUUGGGCAGAGACCUGUGCCAGGUGUGGGACGGCCCAAGCCUCAGCCCAGGAUUUCAGGUCCACGUUGUCGUGCCCUUUAUCAAUAUGUGGGCCAGGAUGUGGAUGAGUUGAGCUUCAAUGUCAACGAGGUCAUUGAGAUCCUACUGGAGGAUCCAUCAGGCUGGUGGAAAGGCCGCUUGCAUGGCCAGGAGGGACUUUUCCCUGGAAACUACGUGGAAAAGAUCUAAGAUCCCAGGAAAUCUGGGAGUCAAAAUGGAAUUCUUUGCAGCCUUUUACACCUACCCCAUCUCUGCUCCAAACUUCUGGAGGAGCUGAGACCCCCAUCUUGUCCCGUCCCAUCCCAUGGACCUCUCAGAAGGCUGGCAGCUAUGGGAGCAACUUGGGCCCCCAGUUCUUUCCAUGAAGAGCUGGCUCCCUACCCCUAGAAAUUCCUCCUCCCCUAUUGACUCCUGUCUUCUUUCCCAACUCUCUCCAAGAAGCACCAAGUUCCUCAGGGAGGAAGAGGAGCAGGGCAAGCAGGAUAGGCCUCUUCUUGACCAGACACUUUUGGCUGAGACUUGGGGUUUGGGGAAGAGAGAGAGACUAAGGACAAAGGACUGGAGAGCCAAUGCCUGGGCCAAAACCCUCUAAAGCAAGGAUUCAAAAACAAUGUCUCUACUAACAGACAGAACAUGGUUUGGUGUCUUCCUUCUUAAGUGAUACAGUAGUCAGCCUAAAGCCAGGAAGACCUGAGUUCAAAGCCUGCCUCAGAUACUUACUAGAUGUAUGACCCUGGAAAAACCAUUUAACCUUUGUUUUCCUCAGUUUCCUCAUCUGUAAAAUGGGAAUAAUAAUACUACCUACCUCCAGAUUGGUUGAGAGGAGCUAAUGAGAAUCUAACUGGAAAAUGCUUUGCAAACCUUAAAGUGCUAUUUGAAUGCUAAUUAUCCCAACAACAAUACCAAAUGUGACCCUGAUCCCUAGAGUACCCAGGCUUAAGACCAUGGAGAUGCCUUAGAAAUCAUCAGGCCCCUGCCAAAAAAAAAAAAAAUGGGGGCACCUAGGUGGUGCAGUGGAUAGAGCACCGGCCCUGGAUUCAGGAGGACCUGAGUUCAAAUCCAGCCUCAGACACUUAACACUUACUAGCUGUAUGACCCUGGGCAAGUCACUUAACCCCAAUUGCCCUGCCAAAAAAAAAAGAAAGAAAGAAAGAAGUCAUCAGACCCAAAUUUCUCAUGCUACAGAUGGGGAAAGUAAGACCCAAAGAGAGGAAGGAACUUGUCUAACGUCAUCUAGUACAGCAGUGGCAGAGCCAGGAUUUGAACUUGGUUCUCUUAACUCAAAUUCAGUACUCUUCAUCAUUCUACAACUUAGGGAGAUGCUGACUUUAUUUCCUUGGGAUAAAUCCCUUCUGCUUUUUGAGACUUUCCCCCUAUUUGAAGGGCAUUGCACUCAAUGACCUAUAAGAUCCCUUCCAACUUUAAAUCCAUGUCUAUGGAUUUAAAUGAAUGUCUAUAGCCCCUGAAUUUUGAUAGGCCAUUCAGUUUACAAAGCAUUUUCCUCAAAAUAACUCAGUGAAGUCAGUAAUAUAAUAAUAGUAGUCCAUAGGGGGGUCCCUUCACCAUAGAAUUCUCAUUUAGUUACCCUAGGUUCUAGGUAUUUUGGACAUCACGAUCCUCUCUAAACCUUUGCUCAUGAGCCCCAACAGGGUAUUUUCUUUUUACCAGUCAGAUCACACAGUUCAUAACAAAGGCAUUACAUAGUAAAUGAAGCAAUAAAACAUUGUCCCCUCCCCAACCAUAAUACAUAUAUACAUAUGGGGCAGCUAGGUGGUACAGUGGAUAAAGCACCAGCCCUGGAUUCAGGAGGAUCUGAGUUCAAUCUAAGUUCAAAUCCAUCCUGAGACACUUGACACUUACUAGCUGUGUGACCCUGGACAAGUCACUUAACCCCCAUUGCCCUGUGUCAGAGUCUCGGGCUCAGGGGCCGAAUGACGGGGGCUGAGGAUCAGAGACAAUAAAUCAUUGACACAGCAGCACCACCUUGUAUGAAUAAAUGUUUGCGAUUUAUUAUUCAGGAUAGCUCAGUAUUUAAAGCAAAAAAAACACAAAGAAAUCAACUAAAGUCUCUGCAAGAAUAAUUCUAAGAGAAUAAGAGUAAUUUUUCAACCUUUCAGCCUUGACAUGUCAGAACUUGUUCCAGGCCUUAACAGGGCAAGGUUAGUACAACUAAUUCCUUGGACCCUGGGAGACCAGCCAGGCAUUGUCUCCCAGGAAACUCUUGCUUCUUCAGUGACCAUGGCCCAAAUAUGGGGAGGGGGAACUAAGUCAGAGGGGCAACAGAGAGCCCUCUGGGUUCACCACAGCCCUGACCCAAAAAAAAAAAAAAGAGUAGACUUUCAUAGGAAUUACACAUGGAACAUUCUCACAUGGGGAACACAUGACCAUUUUGGAGAACACAGGGCCCCUAAAUAAAGGAAAAAAAGGAAGGAUUUAUUAAGUGCUUGACUAUGUGCAAAGCACUGGGCUAAAUAUUUAGGAUACAAAUAGAAAAAUAAGAUAUUGCCUGAUUUCAAGCUCCCAUUCUAAUGAAGAUGACAUAUGUAGAAGAUUUUAACUAUAAAUCAGAUGGAAAAGUUCUACAGUUCUUAGAUUGAAGCAGCAAAACAGAUGUUGAUGCCUCUUUAAUGGUAUUUCCACUUAUAAAAAAUAUCUGUUCCUUAUGUUGAGCCAUCUGACAGUGCCAAGGACUUUAGUGGCAAAAGCUUUCUCUUCUAGGUCUUCAGUGGUUAUAACUAUAGCCCUUGCAAGAGAAAGAAGAAGGGAUCAGACAUUCUCCUUAUGGUGGGCACCACUCCAGAUCAGAAGCCAGAAGAGAGAUGGUGCUUCAGAGUGGAGGAAUUAAACUGGGCCACUUGAGAGAAGGAACUACAGACACUGAAGGAAGAACCCGAGGGCAUAUUGGAAUUGGGGAAGACCCUCCCUGGCAUAACCUGGAGGCAACUGCUGUUAUUGAGAACCCAGAUGAACUGGCCUCAGAGGACCAAGUGCCCCUACAGACUUUCUUUUUUUUUCUUUUUUGCAGGGUAAUGAGGGUUAAGUGACUUGCCCAGGGUCACACAGCUAGUAAUUGUCAAAGUGUCUCAGGCCAGAUUUGAACUCAGGUCCUCCUGAAUCCAGGGCUGGUGCUUUAUCCACUGUGCCACCUAGCUGCCCUGCCCCUAUAGACUUUUAGCACCUGAUGAUAGGAAUGGCCAGUGCAAAAGUGCCUGGAAUCAAGGGCAGAUGCCAAGGAGACCAGACCUAGAGCUAAGUAUACCACUGUGCUGACCCCUGGAGGGAGGAAAGCCCCUCUCCCCAUGUUCUUGGUGCCCAACUCCAGAAGUACCUUGUGUGCAGGGACCCACAGGGUUUUCAUGCUCAAUUCUUCUUGGGGUGUUAGAGCAAACCUGCCUCAGAUGCUUAGGCUAGGAUGGAACCCUGCCUCUACUGCGUAAUACACCAGGGUGACCUUGGACAAACCACUUCCCUUCUCUUUUUCCACAUCUAUAAAAGGCAGAUUGGGCUAGAUCAGGGCUUCUUAAACUUUUCCCACUUCAGACCCCAUUUUUUCUAUGUGACCCU